CCGACCAAAGAGCAGAAGAAUUGGACAGUUUGUCCCACCGGCGUUUUAUUUAGCCGCAGAAGGUCGUAGGCAGUUGGGCGACAUUUGACAUUACUCCACUCCAAAACCAGUCUCAAUAAUUUUACGUGGCUGUCAUUUUAUGACACGAAACGAGGAGUGAUGUGAGUAUUGUUGGAUAGAUAGAAGGACGCGGCUUGACGUCGCGUUUGCUGUCAACAAGCUAACGCUGUGCUAGCUAACGUUCGCUAACGCUAGCGGUGAAUAUUAGUUAAUUGUGUAAGCGACGGGAGACGCAGUUAGACAACGAAGUUCGUCGAAUAGUUUCUCUCAUAGACGAAAAUAAACGCUACGUGUGGUUGUAUCACGCUGGACUGAAGCAGUAGGCUUGGGCCAGAAGCUUAGAACGCACGGCCCCGGUCUCGGACUCGGGCUGAGUCUCUCAAACUCAGGAUCCCUCUUCCUUGAACGGAGCGGCUGGUUUCAUGGCAGCCGCGGCCAGUGCCCGGCGUUUACCCAUGGGUGUGCGGACGUUCAGUGACUUUCUCCAUAUCGCCACUGUGGGAUCACCUCGCUCCUGUCGCACAGCUGUGUCAAGAGAAUGCCUGCGGCAAAAUAUCAGACAUUUGUCGUCAUGUGGCAUUUUGAUGACAAGAUCUCCCAGAGCACUUUGCCUUCAAGACCUGGACACAAUGACAGCUGUUCCCCAAAGCAGAAACUUCAUCAGCCUCACCAACAAAAGGAAGGAAUACUCAGAGCGUAGGAUACUUGGGUUUUCUAUGCAGGAAAUGUAUGAUGUAGUGGCCAAUGUUGAUGAGUACAAGAACUUUGUGCCUUGGUGUACAAAGUCUCAGACCAUCAUGAAAAGAGCAGGCCACUCCAAAGCUCAACUCGAAGUGGGAUUCCCUCCAGUGGUGGAGAGAUACACAUCUAUGAUCACUAGUGUCCGGCCUCAUCUAGUCAAGGCUGUGUGUACAGAUGGAAAGCUGUUCAAUCACUUGGAAACAAUAUGGCGCUUUAGUCCUGGCAUUCCUGGUUACCCUCGCACCUGCACCGUAGACUUUUCUAUAUCCUUUGAGUUCCGAUCACUGCUGCACUCCCAGUUAGCCACCAUGUUCUUCGACGAGGUCGUAAAGCAGAAUGUUGUUGCGUUUGAGAGGAGAGCUUGUAAGAUCUACGGCCCAGAGACUCGCAUCCCACGGGAGCUAAUGUUUCAUGAGGUGCAUCAGACGUGAUCUCAGCAGCUGUAUUGUUUCCAUCUGGCCUUAAAAUAUACCAACAUUCAUACUCUUGAUCCACACAAACCUGCAUGAUGCUGCAUAAUCGCCCCACCACCCGACUUCAAGCCUCUGCCGCCACAUAGACAUCUGCGAGGCUCCUGAAGAUGUUAGACGUCCCAUUGUUUGAUCUCAUUAUGUUGGAAUAUUAAUAAUUCUUGUUAUUGCACCCUCAACAAUAUUUUGCUUAUCUCCCUCCUCCUUGUGUUAAGUCUGUCCUCUUUCUUUCUACCUCUACUGAAGGGUUCUUUGUUUAGCAGAAGGAACCCAUGAUUGGUUUUGCACCAUGGCAGCACUAGUAAUGUAAACAAGGCAGUUUUUUAAUUAUGGCAACACCAUGUCACCAAUGCUUGAGAAGCAAACAAUGUUUUAAAUUAACAGCAAAGUGACACUGAACAAAACCAACUUUUAUUUACUUUUUAAUGAGAGGCACAGAGGCCAUUUGAUCCAGGCAUCAGCUCUUGUCUUGCCGUCAGCACACUGAAACUUUAUCACAAUUGUGUCCAGUUUUUUAGUUCAAUUCAGCACUUUGAUCAGCUGUUAUACCGUUUUAGAAUAACAUUGCUUAUACCACUUGUUUUUUAAUUCAAGAGGAAGUUUUAAUACAUUAUUUGACACAGUAGUGAACCUGGUGCAAAAACAAUAUUUGGUUUAGUAUUUUCUUAUUUUCAGUGGUUAUGUGCAAAUGUGUAUUAUUUUAUUGGAUCCAGAUUAAAUGUGUCAUAUUUGGGAUGUGGAUGUGUUGCCACUGAUUGCUGUGACAAUAUCACUGAAGUGCAACAUGCUGCGAAGGGAAGAAAUUUAAUUUAAGCAUGAGUUAUCGGCUGUGGCCUCAUUUAAACUUGAGUUUUGGGAGAUGUAGCUUUAUCCCAGCUGUUGUGCUGCCAUAGUUGUAUCUUUGGUCAUGGAGAAUUUCUCUGCCAAUCUUAAUAAUGCCUUAUUUUACAGCCCAGCAUGAGUAGAAACCAAGUGAAUAAAAAAAUAAACACGUAGAGGUGGGUAAACUCUGCAUGAAUAGCACCUGAAUUAUUCCACAGAGAAGUUGGAGACUUCUGUGAAAUACUGUGAUAAAAUAUAAUUUAUCAAAAAAAGCAUUGUCACAUUUGAUAAGAGCUUGAGCUUCCAGGUUAUUAGGAGUGUUAACAGUAUGAUCAUAUUAAAUACCAAUUUAAGUGAAGUAAUCUGAUUAGGACACAGUUACAGUAAUCAAAUGGCUCACUGUUGUAAACAGAAAACAUUAGUAAUGAAUAAUAUAAACAUAACAAAAUAUAUAUAUUUCUUUCUGUUUUGUGGUCCAAUGUCUGACGGUCACAAGCAGGAUGUUCCUCCCGUCAUGUACAAUUUCAGUUAUUGGGCUGUAGAAUAAAACAGAAUUUGUAGGUUUCAUGCUUAUUUUUUUUAUUUUUUUUAGAGAGGUUCAACUUUUCAUUAUGAUGCAUGUAUAGACAUGCUCCUGCUGUUUCAUUGUCGGAUUAUGAAUACAUAUUGAGUUAAGAUGAUUGUAUUUGCCAUAUUUAUAGGUAACAGUUCAGAUAGAGGUCGUCCACUGUGUGACCUUCCUCAUUUCAUGCACUUCAUUUCGUCCACAUGCUCCAAAGUCUUGUGCUCCAUCAGGACCCAACUGUGGUUCACUACUUUUAAAUUUGAUCACACUUUAUUUGCUCCGUUAAUAAGGUGAUUUAGAAAUAAAGACAUUUAAUCAGGUGUGCAUGAAGUGUUCAAUCCAAGUGGGGCUGUGAAUCACUGUUACUUAUAAUAUACUUAAUAUAUAGUUGUACCUGUUAAGAUAUUUUAAAUGCCAUUUCAAGUGUUAUAUUUUUAAAAGGUAAAAAAAAGGAUCUAUUUAAUAACUGAAAUCAUAUUGUCAUGCUAUCCAGUAAUCAGGGUUCAAGUUGCAUCCUGAAUUUCCACUCUGUUGAUCUUACUUUCUUUUUUGCCUAUGGGUGUUUUGAUUGUGCUGCACAUAGACUAUUCCAUGCAAAGUUGUAUUACUGUAGGUGCCAACACAGGAGAGUGAGAACAGGUCAAACUGUUGAACCUUAGUUUCACAGUGUAUUUCCACACAAAUAGCCCUAGAUUGAAUAGUUGUGUUCCAGUACGCACACAGACUUUGACAGAAAGAAAAUAUUGCCAUGAUUUUGCAGUCAUCACAUUUUAUUUUGCAAGCUAAAAUGUAUCUUUGUAAAUACUGUGGGUGUAUUUUAAAAUCUUUAUUUAAAUAAAAAAAAACCUAGGUAUGA